AUGUUUUACGCACAUAGAUCUCUCUGUUCAAUUCGGUUAAUUUCGACUACUCUAGUUCGGUGUCUGCCUCGUGUUACAGCAUCACAGGAAAUUCCAGUAGCCACACCAACAUCUGACUAUGCAGUAAUCAAUUCAUCUAAACAGUCUCAAACAAUCAAAUUCAAUGAUUAUAAUGUUGUUAAACCAUCUGCACCGAGCGUUCGUUCACAACCAAUUCCAAAAUCAGUACCAAAACUUAUUGAUGUGCAAACUGGCUUAAAUAAUUUUAUGAACGAAUGUGACGAACGAAUGCUAUUGAUGACAAUUGAAAAUAAAUAUAAACUAUUCGAUUGCACUAACGUGGCAACAUUUAUUCAACGCCUUCUAGAAUUAAACAUCAAACGUGAUUCCGAUGAAAAACAUCAUCAACGCUUUUUUGAUUUUGUCGAUUAUUUCAUAUUAAAACAUGGUUAUCAAUUUGAUUUUGAUCAUGUUCUAAAAAUGUAUUUUCAAUUGGCAUCAUUAAAUGGUAAUGCUAAAUUACACGCUGGAAAUUAUGCAUUAAAAGGUCUCGUUCAAUUACUAAAACACAAUGUUAAUAAAUAUCAUUUACAAGAUACUGGUCGUAUAUUAGUCAUACUAGAAAAAGAUCUUGGUUGUAAUUUACAUGAAGACGAACGAAUUCGAUCACUAUUCGAAGCACUUUUUCUUCUAACAAAAUUUCGUCAAAAUGAACUCGAUCGUUUAGACGCACAAGCGCUAGCAGAAUUAGCUUAUGUAUUUGCCACCGAACUUGAUCAUGUUUAUUUUACGAAUAUUUUAAAUGAAUAUAUUCACGACGAACUACAUCAAAAUAAAUCUUCUACUUUACUCAUAUUUCAUGCACUAGAGCGCCGUGGUUAUAAACAUAAUCGAGUAUUAGAUAUUUGCCUUCAUUUUGUAAAUGAAAACAAAGAAAUGUUUGCUGAAGAAAUGAAUGAAAUCAAAGAAAUUUUAAAAAAACUUGAAUAUAAAAUUGUCGAAGAUUAA